AUGACAAGCAGAAAUCUCAACCAGACCUGGCGCGACGUGGUCUUCAAACAGUACGAACAAGACCACGCAGCCGGCGUCCCCUUCCCCAUCCGCUACUUGAUCAACGCCGCAGAGUGGAAGAAUGACAUCUUCAUUGAAAUUCCUAACAAGAUCGACGUGCCUGUCUUCCGUCAAGCCGUCCUUUACUUCUCCCGCACACGACGCCUUGCAGACGACCCGGCAUACGAAGACAACCUCAUCAAAGUCCGAGCACGCGUUGCACGUUUCAGUCCGUCCUCUUCUGCUCAACGCAAUGUGGAUGCUUCCCCGCAAGACGACACUGACCAGCCUGAGCCUGCUGCUGCUGGCAACAGCGGCUAA